AUGUCCAAAUUAUCGAUUACAGCAGCCGCAAAAGCCGCAGGAAUUUCACGUCAAACGAUGUAUAAAAAGUAUAUAAACCACGGCUUGAUAAGCGUUGAGACUGUGAACGACAUUAAGCAAAUUGAUACGUCAGAAUUAUUGCGAGUUUUCGGUAGUUUACAGCCUGUUGACGAUGAUGUUUUACAGCCUGCGACAGAGCCGAGUACAGCGAUUGACAGCGCAGCAAUGGCCGCAAAAGACGAGCUAAUAGCGAUUUUGAAGCAACAAAUUGAAGACAAUAAAGAACGUGAAAAAUGGCUAAUGCAACAACUAGAAAAAACUACGCAUUUACUUGAGAAUAAAGCAGAAGAGAAAGAGAAAAAGCGGAAGAAAAUUUUUGGUCUUUUUUAAAUGAGAAUACCACGCUCUUUGAGCGUGGUAUAAUAUUUGCUGAUUUAAUCGAACUUGCACUUCAACUAAAUCAAUUCAACGUAGUUUAAGAAACAAACUCUUAAAAUCGCGUCAAACAUAACAGCGAUAUUAUACCGUUUCUUAAGUUACAUGUUUAAAUUUUUUUUGAAAAAUUGA